UUGGUAAUUAAUUGAAAUCGUUUGUGAAUCAGACAGUAAAAUCGACUUAAAAAGACGACGAUGUGUGGGAACAGUCUCACGUUUUGCAUGCUUCUACUCAUCGUUUCGUCUUUAGCCUUUCAAUCAAGUUCUACGAACGACGAUAAUAAAGAUAAUAAUUUGACAGUGCGCGAGUACACCAAGAGAAACUAUGAUAAAAAAGCAGAAUUGCGUAAAAAUGAUACAAAUGACAACAAAGAUUAUUGCAUGAUGAUAAUAAAAAUUAGAAAAUCACAAUCGUUAAAUCACAUCGUUUUACGCGAGAUGUGCGAUAAUAUUACUUAUAUUCGCAUACUUUGUUGUCCUCUCAAUAAUUGUUCGAUUCACAAGAAUUGCAUUGCUAAAGAAAAUGAAUAUGUUUGCUCAAAUGGAUAUAACUAUUCGAACGAUUCGAUGCAGAAUGAAAAUAAGAAGGUAGACGAAUUUUGUCCAUUGAUUGUUCAAAACCCGCGCCAACUUAACUGUUCCCAGAAGAAACAUUUCUCUUAUCCUUAUUUCAAAUUCAUCGAAAUAACAAAAUAUUAUCUGACGAAUGUGCAUGAUGAUCAAUUUAAUGCCUCUAUCUGCUUGAAGGCUGCGAAUGAAAUAUUUCAUAAAGAAAUGGAUAAGAUCAUAAAAGAUCUCACUAAUGAGAUCUUGUCAACUGAGUUAACCAUAUCAUUCUAUAGCAAUAUAGUGUCUAUGCUGUGUUUGAUCUUAAUAUUCUUGGUGUACUCUACACUGCCAGAGCUUCGUAACAUACAUAAUUUCAUGCUGCGCAGAUCUAUCAGUAUGAUAUUUAUCGUAUAUACGAUCGAGGUUAUUGAUUAUCUAUUCAACAUAAAAGGUCAGAAAAAUUCCAUCUGCGUUAUAAGCGCUCUAGUCUGGUAUUUCUGCAAUUUGACAAGCGAUUUUUGGUUAAAUGUAAUCAGUUUCGACAUGUGGUGGACAUUUAGGUAAAAAUUGUCAAGUAUAUUUUUUCACGCUAUACUUUAUAAUAUGAAUUUAUUUUUAUA